AUGAUUAAAUUGAUUUUAUUAGCAACAAUUUUCUGCACGGUUUAUUCUUACGAAGCUAGAUCUUGGACGGGACGAGAUUGGCAAAGUAAUAGUGGUGGUAAUUGGGGUGGAAAUGGUGGAGGAAAUUAUGGUGGAAAUGAUGGUGGAAAUGAUGGUGGAAAUAAUGGUGGAAAUAAUGGUGGAUGGGAUGAAGGAAAAGAUCAAUGGGCUCCAGCUAAAUACGAAUAUAAUUAUGGGGUAGCAGAUCCAAAAACAGGGGAUAAAAAGGAGCAAUGGGAGGAACGUGUUAAAGAUAGAGUCGUUGGACAAUAUUCAUUGGUGGAACCUGAUGGUACAAGGAGGAUUGUUAAAUAUGAAGCUGAUGAUAAAAAUGGAUUUAAUGCGAAGGUGAUUCGUGAAGGUGAAGCUUGGCACCCACAAGGAAGACGCGAUUGGAAAAAUUAA